AUGGCCCACGACAGUGGCAAUGAGACGCAAGGGCGCAACCAAUCCUACCUCUUCAUCAACAAGACCUCUACGACGCUGGCGAAGAACCCGGAGGAGAGCUUCACUAUCUCCUCCCAUGUGUCGAAGACACAUCGGAGAUGGUUAAAGGAGGAGCGGCUGCGGAAGCUCCAUGCAUCAAGUGGCAAGGCUGUGGUUCAACGAUCUAUCCUCCCAGCAAAGGCUCAGUCCCAAGCCUUUGGUCCUGCGAGACUAGCGCCGCCUGAAGGCUACACAUCUGCAAGAACCGUGACCGGCUCCAACCAGCCGCAAGGUAGCAGAGGUGGCCCAGGGGCGCCGACAUCCGGUCCAGUAACCGCGGGACUCAGUGCCUGGACGAGCGGCUAUCCCGAGUACAGUCGGGCUGUUUACCAUUUCGAGGACGGCCAAGCCACUGAUGACCAAGAGCAUGGGAUUCCAGUAAAGGAAAAAGGACGGCGCGUCCAGGCAGGCGAUAGGCCUUCCCUGACUCCCUUUAGAGGCAAUUCCGAUCCGUUCUCGGUAGCUGCUCUGCCCCUGGCAGCCCAAGACCACGAGAUCCUUCGGCAAGCACAGCGCUUCUUCGUAUUCGUAGCUUGCCCAGACAACCGAAGUGCCGUCUGGAGGGCGCCGAUCGCGGAUAGCUCCAGCUCGCAUAUCCGGCUUCGACAGACCAUUGGCGAUGAAGCCGAAGUGCAUGCCGUGCUGGCCGCUGGCUACGCCGUGACGGCGAAAAGUUCCAAGCAUGACUACACGAGAUCGCUCGCCCGGGGCUUGUAUCAUAAAACCAAAGCCGUGGAGCUGCUUCGCGACCGGCUCAUGAAGCAUGGCUUCUCACAAAGUGUCACCACCUUGAUUCGUCUCCUCAUCUCUCUCGACUUCGAAGCAUCCGACAAUGAAGCCGCGCUCAUCCACCUGCGCGGGCUCUGGGCCAUGGCCGCCACCACGCCGGGCAUUCUGAUGGACGCGCAGGAACUCCUCCGCGUCAGUGACGCGUGGAUCUCGAUAUCGCUGUUGAAGAAGCCCGAAAUCUCUCCCGCCCGCUACGACCCGGGAGACCGGCUGUCGCAGCCGUUUGGGAAACUGCUCGACGCCCUGCAGCGCGAGCACGGCAUCUUUGCACACAAGCCGGGCGUGGUCAGCAGGCACGCCAGCUCCGCCUUUGAUGGCAAGAUGUGGUCCCUGCUGGACUCUGCGCAAGAGAUCGUGGGCACCAAAGCGAUCAUGGACAAGAUCGACGACUCGGACCUCCUGCACGAGGUCAUCAUGUGGAUGAACAAACGAAGCAGCGCAGUCACAGGGUAUUGCACGACCGGGUAUGUCGAGAACACCGAGAAAGCCGCCUCGGCGCAAGCCCAAGGCCACGGAGCCGAAAGUGUGGCCAGGACGUUGAUGGCGGCGGCGUCCCUGUGCGCGAUGAUGUUCAUGAACUUUCAGUUCCUCGACCUGCCCACCAACUACAACUUCAGCAAGACGUGCCAAAAGAUCGAGGAAGUCCUGCAAGGCGUGUCCAAGCGUGUCGAGCACGCAAGACGUCCCGAGCAAUACGCCGACUAUUUAUGGCUGCUGUUCCUCACCGCCAUGGGCAACGACGUCUUCAGCGCAAGAGGCGACAUCCCCUACUCGCCUUGGCCGGUCACGGAAUUCCACCGAGUCCGUGACCGUCUGCGGUUCGCCGACCAACACGAGGUGGUUGCAGCGCUGCAUGCGUAUCCACGCCACGCGAAGACGGAUGUCUUUCUUGUUGAGUUGCUUGACCAUGGCCAUGACGAGUCGCGGACCACGCACAUCGUUCCGUGGUCGAGAUGGUGUGGGAUCCUCAACCAUGCCUGA